AUCAUCAAUAUUUCGCGAGUAAUUACUUGGAUUCUAAUUAAAUUAGAUAAUAUAAUCAAGUGGCCAGAAGAAGAAUCAUUGAUUGCAGCAGCUCAAGGCUUUCAAAAUAAAAGAAGAAUUCGAAAUUGUAUUGGGGCGAUUGAUGGCUCGCAUAUUACCAUUUUACAACCACAAGAAAAUGCUGCUGAUCGAAAAAAAAAUUACUCGAUAAUAUUACAAGCAGUUAUUACAGCUAAUAUGCGAUUUACAAUUUAUUGUGAUGAACCUGGAUCACUCCACGAUGCAGGUAUUACGGUGGUAUUACGUCUUCAUUGGGAAUCACAAAAUAAUAAAAAUGGAAUAUUUCUAAACAGAAUGUUUAUAUUAGGUGAUUCUGCAUAUCCAUCCUUGUCUUGGUUAGUACUAUCGUUUAGAAAUAAUGAUCAACUCACAAAACAGCAAAUUGAGUUUAAUUUUAUUCAUUCAUCUACACGUAUGGCAAUAGAAAAGGCUUUUGGUGUAUUGAAAGCACGCUUUCGACGCUUAAAAUUUUUUAAUGAAUAUCAAGAUAUUCAAUUUAUAAUUGAAGUAGUUGUUGCGUGAUGUAUUUUACAUAAUAUAUGCAUUGCUGCUUUUGAUGACGGCAUGGAUUUAUAUGAUAAAGAUAGCGAUUUAGAUAAUAAUAUAAAUGUAAGAGAAAAUGGAAAUGAAGAAAACGGUAACGACCGAAGAUAGAGUUUAUUUUAUUAUAUGAAAUAUUUCCACAGGGAAUCCACAUAAUAUAAUGUCACAUCUUA